AUGUGGAAUCUUCAUUGGGCUAUUACCAGGUUUGAUAACAUGGAAGCUUUGGGGACGUCGAUGCAAGGCACGUAUGGAAGGGAAUCGAGAAUCUGUGGAGGAGGUAUGGCUAGCUAUAAAGUCUUGGUGCGUCUCCUUGCUGAAGAAAUAGUUAAAGUUUCUAAGCUAAGCAAAACAGACUAUGAACUUCUCAAAGCUUUAGAGCUGCCUAUGGGUUCUAAGGUGAGUAAACCAACUCUUUUAGUUUCUUGGAGGAAAUCUGCUGCUGGUUGGGUAAAACUCAAUGUAGAUGGGAGUUGUGUUGGUAAUCUGGGACCUUGUGGAGGUGGGGGAGUGCUUAGGGAUUAUUAUGGUGAUUUGGUUGCUGGUUUGUGUUAA